AUGUUGACCAGCUAUGCCCCUUCGUUACCUUCGUCGGAAGACCAGGCAGAGUAUCCACUUGAGCAUCAUCAUCAUCAGCAGCAGCAGCACCAUGCAGCAACAACAGGACAACAUCAAUGUUCGCCUGCAGGUACAGCCAAACCACGACUCGAACGACCACCGCCGCGAUCCCAUAUAUUGCAGACACCGGUAUUCCAGGUGGUGAAUGCAAACACGGUCAAGGACCGCUACUUGUUCUUAUUCAACGAUCUGCUGAUCAUCUGCAAACCUAUCAUGGACGAAAACAUCAUUGUUGGGGACCACCACAGUGCCAAAGAAGCGCGAUAUCGUUUCCGACCCAACGAAAACAGUUUGUUCCAAGUCAAGAAUAUCGUAGAACUGAGUAAACUGACGCUCUACUUGUCGCGGGACGACCAGCAAAAACCGUCAGUUUCCUUGGCAGCUGCACCCCGCAAAAUGCAUCCACUGCUAGCCUCUGCUUUACGAAAAUUCGAAACUAAUCCAGACGCUGCGAUUGCGUACUUGGUAGAUAAAAGCGUGUUGGCCAACGAGCCACUCAGCAUUGCGAAUUUCCUGUUCAAAACGCCCGAUCUGUGUCGACACCAACUGGGAGAUUUCUUGGCGGAUCCAAAAAACAGUGACAUUUACGACGCGUUUUUGGACUGUUUUCGUAUGGUAGCGCUGCGGUUGGACGAAGCGUUGCGGAUUCUGCUCAUGACGCUUCGACUGCCGAGCAAGUGGGAGGCGCUCGAGUAUGUGAUUGAACGGUUCUCAAAGAAAUGGCAUGACGCGAAUCAGAACGUUGUCAAGUUCCACGAGGACAUGGUGGUUAAGGUCGUGGUUGCUAUGCUGUUCCUGAAUGCCGAGUGGUGGUACGAUGCGAGCAGCGAGUUGGAUGUGUUUUGGUCUGCUCGUGAGCACAAAGAACGGCGCGACAGACAGCGGCUCACACGACGAGCAAGUAUGUACAUACUCGUGUCCUUUGAUUUCUUGCGGGACAUGUACAAUUCGAUUGCCCAUGAAAGACUGGAGACGGGCUGGGAUAAUGACGUGGAGGCUUCGGAUGCACCAGAGCAAGAUACAAUCAUCACAGUGACGCCCUAUCGUUUCCCGACGCGUUUAACUCGAAGCGUACCAUCGGCGCCAAUCACGAUUUCAAUAGCCGCGCCCGAUCCUGGCCUUCAAAUCAAGCUACGCGGACAAGAUAUAGAAUGUCACCCCAACGUGCUGGAUUUCAGCGACUCGUGCAUUCAAACAUUUACGAUCACCGGUCAUACUCUAGGUAGGACGAGCUUGAUGUUUAUCAAAUCUGGACCACACGCCAGCCGCUAUGUCAGUCCGACGCUGCCGAGGACCAAGAGCAUCGUCGUAGAGCGGCCGUUUAUGCGCUACACGUUCCAGAUUGCUUUUUCACACGUGGAUAUGCGACUGCCACCAACAGCAGCAGCAGCAGCAGCAAACGCUGUUACAACGCCAACAACGGCUACAGCGGCAGCUGGUAGCAAUACUACUCCAGGAACGACAGAAGCCCCAUCGGGAGCAGUAACAGGGAAAGACGACGAUAAAACCAUUGCAGCAGCAGCAGGAACAACAGAUGAGCAAGAGCCGAAAUCGCCAGUGAUGGUCCGACGCAAGUAUAUCUUUAGCGUUGAGACGGAGCAAGAGCGGACAGAAUGGAUCAGCUGGCUGAAAACCUUAUCGGGCCAUGUGCAUGUCAAUGGUGCAACCGCUACGACUAACAACAACAACAACAAC